AGCACCAGCAGCCCUCCAACAUGGCUUCAUCAUCUGCGUAUUCGUUCCGGAAGCUCGAGUCGAUCGAAGACUUUGCUGCCCUCAGCAACUCGGCCGUGCUCUGCUAUCCUGGAAUGAAGUUCACCUCCUUCGAGACCCGAUCAAAGAAAGCCUCUGAAUGGUACCAGGCUAUCCAGGUCAACCCUGCCAAGACCAUGUGGGGCAUCUUUGCCAACAACACCGAGGGCAUUCAAACGACAGCAUCGAAUCCAAAGUCGCUCUCGGUCGUGGUCAGCGCUCCUGCGGUCGGCAGCUCAUCGUCCGAGUUGCCCGAGAAGGACAAGCCCGCCAGCACCCAGAUCACGCCGACCCCGGGCUUGCUGGCAUAUUCUGGCCACACCGACUUCAUCGUCAACCUCUAUGGGGUGCCCACCGAUGUCCUCGGCCUCGGAUUCGUCGGCACCGACCUUCUCCAGAAGAAAAAGGGCCUUGCCAAGGCUACGGUCCAGUUCUUCUUGAGCGAGGCGCAGCGAAAGCAACACUCCCUCGUGGCCCUCUAUGCCUUCCGGCCCGAGUUCUACGCCAAGAUGGGCUUUUCCGCAUCUACUCCCUGGAUCGAGUACACCGUCACCCCGGCGGCCUUCCCCCGGCAGCUUGUUCCCAUGCCCGCGAACUCGUCCUUGGUCCCUUUGGGCCCGGCCGACAUUGAAGAGGCACACGAGCACUACACCCGCUAUGCCGAGAAGGUCCACGGCAUGUUUCAGCGAACCAAGGCGGAGAUCAAGGCACUGUUCGAUACCAACGGAGACUCGCAGGCUGUGGGCUGGAGGGACGGCGACGGCAAGCUACGUGGAUAUAUCAUCUAUACUUUCAAAACCACCGAGGCGUUCCUCACUAACGACAUCCAGGUCGUCGAGCUGACCCAUGAAAACAAACACGCACUCUCUGGACUCCUUGGAUUCCUGCAUGUACAGCUGGACCAGAUUCGCCAUGUCAAGUUCCCCACCCAAAUCCCGCAGCUGCACCGACUGCUUUCUGACGAGCGCGAUCGCAACGAAUUCCCGACCCAUCUGAUCCGCCGAUUGUGCCAACCCGCAGGCCAGCGAGCACCUGGCAUUAUGUACCGCCUCGUUGACCUCGACGGAUUCUUCCGCGAGGGCCGACUCGGCGCCAACCGCAACUUCAACAACCAAUCGAUCCGGGUGCGUUUCGAGGUCUCGGACUCGUUCCACGAGAGCACCAAUGGAUGGAUCGGCAUCGAGUUUGUCAAUGGCAAAAGUAGCGUGGUCGAGUCCAAAUGGUCGCCUCGACAGGACGGUCAGGCCGGCCACGCAUACGAUGCUGUUGUCUCAACGACCAUCGGGCAUCUUACUGCUGUCCUCGUGGGUUCUGCCUCAGUCAAAGAGCUCUAUGACAUUGGCGCUGUCUCGAUCGUGCCUGAAGACGGCGCCGUGGUUGAGAGAGUCGCCGGCCUCCUCCGCUCUGCCGAGCUUCCACGCGAGUGGACUCUGUUCUGAUGUCCUCCAGGCUCUAAUACAACAAGCUGCAUAUGUGCAA